AUGACGUUACUCGGCUCGGGUAAUGCCGGAGUAUGUGGGGCCUGCUACGUAUCUCACAGGGGAUUCGGCACGCAGGCCACGAGAUUUCCCCCUGACUUUGCGUUGUUUCCUAAUAUCUUCACGGUAGACGAGCAGUGCUUGCUCCUCAAAGCCUCUCUGAAAAAAUUGGAUACCAUGGAGAGUGGAAAGUUUCGGCGCAGGAGGAGACAAUUCCUACAAAACCAUAAUCCAGGGCCAUCGGUUGAUCCAGUGCAGGCGUUGUUCUUGCCAGAUGACUUCUAUGACUUCCAAGAGGGACAUUUUGACGGCGUUAUCAGACGAUACCGCGAGAUGCACGUCACUGCAUGGCCAGAUGACAUGCCGGAAAUUAUACCACUGAUAGAAAGACUGCGAAAGCUUCAUCCUAACGGGGAGAUACAAACACACAUCCUCCAUCUUGCAUCAGAUGGAAUCAUCCUGCCGCAUGUCGAUAAUGUGGAGGCAAGCGGCACGUGGAUUAUGGGGGUAUCCCUCGGAGACGAGCGUAUACUGCGUCUGGAAAGAUCCAAUUUGCCAGAGGAGCGCUAUGAGAUACCACUAUCCUCUGGUAGCGUUUACAUCCAAAAGGAUGCUGUUCGGUACGACUACAAGCACUCCAUCUUGCAGAGCGGCGAUGGCACCCAUCCUCCCAGUGAGGGAAGACAGCGUCUAAGCAUCAUGAUACGGACCGUUCUGGUUUCCGUAUCAGGACCGCUUCAUAUCGCCCAUGCCGUGAGAGGGUAUUACUCUACUGUCGUUCUCCGCGUGCUGUAUAUGGCGUUCAGCAAUGACGCCGCUCAAUGA